AGAGUUGUGUAAGACAUGUCUGGAAGAGGCAAAGGCGGUAAAGGGCUUGGGAAAGGAGGCGCUAAGCGUCACCGUAAAGUUUUGCGCGAUAACAUCCAGGGAAUCACCAAACCCGCCAUUCGUCGUCUCGCUCGCCGUGGCGGUGUUAAGCGCAUCUCUGGUCUGAUCUACGAGGAGACCCGCGGAGUGUUGAAGGUGUUUUUGGAGAAUGUGAUCCGCGAUGCCGUUACUUACACCGAGCACGCCAAGAGAAAGACCGUGACCGCCAUGGAUGUUGUGUACGCGCUGAAGCGACAGGGACGAACCCUGUACGGCUUUGGAGGUUAAACUCUUGAAAUCAGGAAAAACUACACAAACCCAACGGCUCUUUUAAGAGCCAC